GCUGCCUCUGUGAUCUCACCACAAGGGGGAGAGGAGAAGGACUGCUUGCAGCAAAGAGGCAGUCUCUGAAGAGAAGGGGAUAGAGCAAAGAUGUCUGAAAAACAAAAAUGGUGGCAGCAGGCAGAGAACAUCGAUAUCACACAUACUGGCUCUAAGAAAAAGGCCUAUGAGCUCAUGGGUCGGCAUGAGGAGCAAGUGCUCAUCAACCGCAGGGAUGUCAUGGAAAAGAAGGAUGCCUGGGAUGUGCAGGAAUUCAUCACUCAAAUGUACAUCAAGCAGUUGCUCCGUCAUCCGGCCUUCCAGCUGCUGUUGGCCUUUCUGCUGGUGACCAAUGCCAUUACCAUUGCCCUCCGCACCAACUCUUAUCUCGGUCAGAAACACUACGAGUUAUUCUCAACCGUAGACGACAUUGUGUUGACAAUCCUUAUCUGCGAGGUUCUCCUUGGCUGGCUUAAUGGAUUCUGGAUUUUCUGGAAGGAUGGCUGGAAUAUCCUCAACUUCGCAAUUGUCUUUAUCUUGUUUAUGGGGUUCUUCAUAAAACAACUUGACAUGAUAGCCAUCACCUACCCUCUCAGGGUGCUUCGGCUGGUGCACGUGUGUAUGGCGGUGGAACCCCUGGCCAGAAUCAUCAGGGUCAUCCUGCAGUCGUUGCCGGACUUGGCCAAUGUCAUGGCCCUCAUCCUCUUCUUCAUGUUGGUAUUCUCUGUGUUUGGGGUCACACUCUUCGGUGCCUUUGUGCCCAAGCAUUUCCAGAACAUGGGGGUUGCCCUGUACACGCUCUUCAUCUGCAUCACCCAGGACGGCUGGCUGGACAUCUACAGUGACUUCCAGGUGGACGAUCGAGAGUAUGCGAUGGAGGUCGGGGGUGCCAUCUACUUUGCUGUCUUUAUCACCCUCGGUGCCUUCAUUGGACUCAACUUGUUCGUCGUCGUGGUGACCACAAAUCUGGAACAAAUGAUGAAGACUGGCGAGGAGGAGGGGCAUCUACACAUAACUUUUAAUGAGUCAGAAGAGGAUGAGGACUGGAACACUAAGGAGCUGCCACUGGUGCAUUGUACAGAGGUCCGCAAGGACGUUUCCACCGUCCCUAAGGAACCACUGGUUGGGGGCCCCCUGUGUAACCUCACGGAAAAGACCUGCGAUAACUUCUGCUUGGUGCUUGAAGCAAUCCAGGAGAACUUGCUGCAAUACAAAGAGAUCCGAGAUGAGCUCAACAGGAUCAUGGAGGAGGUGCGCUCCAUCCGGUUCAACCUGGAGCAGGAAAGCUUAAUAAUGCACAAGCCCACGUCCAAAAGCACCACCUUCCUAAGCGAGUCCUCCGUAGACGUGCGCGAGAUAGCUAACAAGCAAGACCUGAUCACCGCGCUGGUCAGCAGGGAAAGGGUGUAUGAAUCUACCACAAACAUGGUUAGCAAACACAAGAUCAGCCACUGAGAAGGCAGUAUGGGAACCGAAGGGCCUGCACAAACAGGGCCAGCUGCUGCAUCCCAGACUGGAGCCCGUCCCUCUUCCUUACACCUGGACGGCAGAGGCCAUGGGGCUGGACAGGUGGCAGCAUCUGCAGGGCUUAUGCCUGGGAGCCUCAAGUCCAGAGAAGUCAGGAUUCUGGACGGGAGUGAAGUACAGAAAGGCAUAACCAGGCUUUGGCCUAAAGAUGAGCAUCCCUGACCUCUGCAUCAGCCAGAGCUGGAUGAGGUAGGCCUGUGUGGGCCCAAGUGCCAGAAAGAGAAGAGGCAGGCCAGUGAGACCGUGUGCACCAAAAAUAAACGUUUGUGUUAUAACCAA